ACAAAGUCAACCCAGAUCAAGAUGCAUUCCCACUUACACACGCCCUACAACGCAAACUGCGAAGAAAUCAUGACCGCCCUCGACGAAUGUCACGCAAGAGGCUUCCUGCACAAGGCCAUCGGCAGCUGCAACGACAUCAAGCGCGACGUGAACAAGUGUCUGGGCGAGGAGCGGUACGCGCGCGCAAAGCGGAACCGCGAUACGGCGAGGGAGAAUCGCAGGCGGAUUGAGAAGAUCUGGGCGGAUGAGAAGGCGUUGGAGGUGACGGGGGGUGCGGCUGCUGGGGAGAAGUAAUCUCUCUCUGUUCAGCUGUGUUGGUGUAUAUACGCCUGCCUAUGUGUGAGGUCGAUUAGGUUGGGUUUGACUGUUAAUGCGUGGGUAGAUGGUGUUGGGUGUUUAUUGGCUUUCUUGUUGCGACCUUUGUAUACUAUACUAUCGGACUACAUGUAUAUCAACUACUCCUCUUUCUAUGGUUG